AUGGCCCGACCUGGCCCCACCACCCGCCGACCCCCCUCCAAAGCCCCGGCCAGCGCGGCCGAGGCCUGGGCACCGCGGCUGUGCGGCUCCGGGCUGCGCCUUUUCGUCCAUGUGGCCAACACGGCUUUUGGACAGAUCUUCUUACUGCCACUCUUAAUAAGGCUGAACAAUUUAUCGCUCAUGCGGUCGCUUGACAUUCAUGAAGAUCCCACGUUUAUCCCGGAGGUUGCUGCGGAGGUUAUGGAAGACAAGUCUGAAGCUAAAAGAACUUCAGAUAUUAUCGAGCAGCUGAUAGAUGGCAGGUCUGAUUCUGCUAGCAACGGGUUUAGCUUCAAAGGGAUCAAAGACUACCUGGACUGCUACCGGAGUGGGAAGCUGACGCCAUCUCAGGUAGCAAAGAACAUCAUUGCCACGCUGGAGGACUGCGACAAAUCCACACCCCCACUCAGAGCAAUAGUGCAAUGGGACCAGGAGCAAAUAAUGCUGAUGGCUGAGGCCUCCACCGUUCGUUACAGGAAUAAAUGUACUCUCUCUUAUCUGGAUGGCAUCCCAGUGUGUCUGAAAGAAGAGUUCAAAGUGGUACCUUACCGUCACCGAGUGGGAACAGUGUAUCUUGGGACAGAGCCUGAAACAGAAGAUGCUACUGUGGCCAAGAAGCUGCGAGAGGCUGGAGCUAUCAUUAUUGGGGUCUCAAACAUGCAUGAACUAGGGACUGGAACAACUGGAUGCAACCCUAAUAGGUACCACAAGAUCCCUAGGAAUCCCUACAAGCCUAACCACUUCACAGGUGGGAGCUCCAGUGGGUCAGCUGCAGCUGUAGCAGCAGGGCUCUGCCCAGUGGCUAUUGGCACAGAUGGAGGCGGCUCUGUGAGGAUUCCUGCUUCGUUCUGUGGUGUGGUCGGGCUGAAAGGUACAUUCGGGCGCAUCAGUUCUCAUGGCAGCUUGCCACUCUCUUACUCCACAGUCAGCGUAGGCCCUAUCUGUACCUCAGUGGCAGAUGCAGCCAUUGUUUACAGUAUUCUUGCUGAGCCAGAUCCACUCUAUCCGUAUGGACUAAAACAGCCCAAAGCAACCCUGUCUGAUAUGUGUGCUCCUGACCUGAAAGGCUUAAAACUCGGAGUGGACUGGACGUUUUUUAAGGCAUGUGAUGCUGAAGUCCUGUCCGUCUGUGAGAAAGCUGUGGAGCACCUGCAGAGUUUGGGAGCCAGCGUGGUUGAAGUGUCUCUUCCAGAGAUGGAAGAAGUGCGAGUAGCACAUGUAAUCUGCAUUCUCAGUGAGAUGAGGGACUUCCUUCAACCUGACUUCAAUAAACAUUUCCAGGAAAUGAAUUUGGACACUCGGGCUAACCUGGCCUUGGCUUCCCAGUUCACAGCUCUGGAUUAUAUUACGGCAAAUCGACAGAGAACUCGGACCAUGAGAUUUUUGCAAGAGAUCUUCACCACUGUGAACUGUAUCCUUACACCAGGUGUUGCUUCCACUGCCCCAAGGAUCUAUGAAUCUGACCUCUUGUCUGGGAGCAGCGAUUUGCCCUCGACAGUCCGGUCCAUGAGGUUCAUGCAGCUUGGUAACUUCACUGGGAUUCCAGGCCUUGUGGUCCCCAUUGGGUAUUCUACUGCUGGGCUUCCUAUCAGCUUCCAGGUCAUGGCAAAAUGGUGGGAUGAAGCUGUUCUUCUGCGGAUUGGCCUGAAGUUGGAGCAGUUUCGUUCCCAGACCAAAAAACCAUCCAUUUAUUACGACAUACUUGCAUGA